AAGCAAAAGUUGCACCCAAUUUUUAUAUAAAAUGAAAAAAACACUAAUGCUGUAAUGCACGUUAAUCUCUCAACCAAACGCCGGCCAGCAUUAAUCCAUAGCUAAUGUGGCAUCUUGUCAGCAAUUUCUUUGUGGGUCCAUCACUCUUAUCACCCCAGCGCUUCUCAACUUUGUUUUUGGCCUCUAUAAAUAGCCAAUCCGCCCCUACAUUCGGAUUUCUCACAGUGGCCUCUCCAAUUUAGCCAGGGCAGAAGAAGAGUUUAGGCUUUUGCUUCUUCUCCCUUAAUAAUAUAUAAAAAUUUUCUUAAGCUUUCUGUCCUGUGCUUCAAUGGCUCAACUAACAUUGCUCAUUCGUCUGUGUUUUCUCUUUAUCGCGCAUUCAUUCAUAUCGGGCGUUGUUUCAACUACCUUUACGAUAACAAAUAAGUGUGAAUAUACCGUAUGGCCAGGCAUUCUCUCAAACGCUGAUGAGCCGGAGCUUUCCACCACCGGUUUCGUCCUUCAAAAGGGUGAGACCAAGACCAUCACCGCACCUACUUCAUGGGGUGGCCGCAUGUGGGGUAGAACCUUUUGCUCUCAAGAUUCCACUGGAAAAUUCUCUUGCCUUACAGGUGAUUGCGGCUCUAGUAAGUUAGAAUGUUCCGGCAGCGGUGCUGCUCCACCGGCUACACUUGCGGAGUUCAAGCUCGACGGUUAUGGUGGGAUGGAUUUCUUCGAUGUCAGUCUUGUGGAUGGGUAUAAUCUGCCCAUGCUGGUAGUGCCUCAGGGUGGCUCUGGGCAGAAUUGUUCAAGCACAGGCUGCGUGGUGGAUUUGAACGGCUCUUGUCCUUCGGAGCUCAAGGUUACAAGCUCAGCCGGCGACGGUGUGGCUUGUAAGAGCGCCUGUGAAGCUUUCAGCCAACCACAAUAUUGUUGUAAUGGUGCGUACUCUACACCCGACACUUGCAAGCCAUCCUCCUACUCUGAGAUCUUCAAGAACGCGUGUCCACGUGCCUACAGCUACGCUUACGAUGACAAGACAAGCACCUUCACAUGUGCCUCUGCGAAUUAUCUUAUCACCUUCUGCCCGACCCCAAACACCAGCCAGAAAGCGUCGCAGGGUCAGAACACCGACGCUACGAGUGCGAACACAGUCAACAGCACCAUGGUUUAUGAAGGUGCCUUGGACCAAAGUGGAGCAUCGGUGUCCACGUGUACUGACGUGUUAAGAUCACAUGCUAUUACGGGUAUAGUCAGCGUCACGGUGGCAAUUUGGCAGUUGAGGCAUCUCUUAUGAGUUCUAACUCGCUAAUUAGCUAGUUUUGGUAAAAAUGGCAUUGUCGUUUCGGUCGUGGAGCCUACGAUUCUGGUGGCAUGCACUUUUCCAUGCAUGGGCCAUGUGACCCAUUGGUGACGCGGUACUGAGUCAGGAUGGAUGGAAAAGCUCACCUGUCGAUUUCAUCGCCAUUUGCUUCUUAUUCCCAUUAAAUCCAAUACACUAAUUUGUACGAAUAUAUAUAUAUAUAUGUUGAACUGCCUUUUAUUAUAUGGUUAACUAAUAUAGAUCGAUAGUAGUGGGAGGCGGAGGAGGUGGUGGUGGUGGGUGGUGGUGCAACUGCAAGAUGCAGGAAGAAAAUGAGUGAAGUUGAGGUAGAAUUUUAUCUUUUUAGAUUAGAUUAGAGUAAUAUUGAUUUUUAAAGGAGGGGAUGGGAUGAUUCAUUUGUUGGUUUCUACAUCAUAUCAAAAAUGUAACCACCACAUUGGUGUCCAAUAAUAUGAAAUAUCUCUUCUUAA